GCUUCCUUAACUCCCCCACUCUUUUCUCACUCCCUAAACCCACCAAAACCCCCGCCGCCACCAUGCAAGCGGCCCUCGCAACCCCAUAUCCACACGCCGCCUUAAGGCACCCGAUUCCCCACAAUGGCUCUUGCCCGCGUCUCCCCUUCUCUAUCCGAGCCUCCGUCCAAUCCCCGCCAUUCAUCGCAAUCGAGUGCCCGCCGACCCAGAAGCUGAACAAGUACAGCUCCCGCAUCACAGAGCCCAAGUCCCAGGGUGGGUCCCAGGCCAUCCUCCACGGCGUGGGGCUCUCUGACGAGGAUCUGAGUAAACCCCAGAUCGGGAUUUCGUCGGUUUGGUACGAGGGCAACACGUGCAACAUGCACUUGCUGAGAUUGUCGGAGGCCGUCAGAGAAGGGGUCAGAGAGGCUGACAUGGUUGGGUUUAGGUUUAAUACUAUUGGAGUUAGUGAUGCUAUUUCAAUGGGGACUAGAGGAAUGUGCUACAGUUUGCAGUCUAGAGACUUGAUUGCUGAUAGUAUUGAGACUGUCAUGAGUGCUCAGUGGUAUGAUGGCAACAUCUCAAUCCCUGGUUGUGACAAAAAUAUGCCGGGCACAAUCAUGGCAAUGGGACGCCUCAACCGACCAAGUAUCAUGAUUUAUGGUGGAACCAUUAAGCCUGGUCACUUUCAAGGCCAUACUUAUGAUAUAAUAUCUGCCUUCCAGUGUUAUGGAGAAUAUGUAAGUGGAUCCAUAAGUGAUGAGCAGAGGAAGAACAUAGUGAUGAACUCGUGUCCCGGGGCAGGGGCAUGUGGUGGCAUGUAUACCGCUAACACAAUGGCUUCUGCCAUUGAGGCCAUGGGAAUGUCUCUUCCUUACAGCUCUUCAACACCCGCUGAAGAUCCGUUAAAGUUGGAUGAGUGUCGUUUGGCUGGAAAAUAUCUACUUGAAUUGUUAAAACUGGACUUAAAACCUCGAGAUAUCAUCACUCCAAAAUCACUGCGCAAUGCCAUGGUCAUCGUCAUGGCACUUGGUGGUUCUACAAAUGCUGUGUUACACUUAAUUGCAAUCGCAAGGUCUGUUGGUCUGGGAUUAACCCUUAAUGAUUUUCAAAAGGUUAGCGAUCAGGUUCCAUUUCUUGCAGAUCUAAAGCCUAGUGGGAAAUACGUUAUGGAGGAUAUCCACAAGAUUGGAGGAACACCCGCAGUUAUUCGGUACCUUUUGGAGGUUGGAUUUUUAGAUGGAGAUUGUAUGACUGUUACUGGGCAGACACUGGCUGAAAAUACAAAAGGUUUCCUUCCUUUGUCCAAUGGUCAGGAUAUCAUAAGACCAUUGGAAAACCCCAUAAAGAAAACAGGACACAUCCAAAUACUGUAUGGAAAUCUUGCACCAGAGGGUUCCGUGGCCAAAAUUACUGGAAAAGAGGGGCUUUAUUUCUCUGGCCCUGCACUUGUCUUUGAAGGGGAGGAAUCAAUGAUUGCAGCUAUCUCUGAGGAUCCAAUGAGUUUUAAGGGAAAAGUUGUGGUUAUUAGAGGUGAGGGACCAAAGGGAGGACCGGGCAUGCCUGAAAUGUUGACGCCAACUAGUGCGAUUAUGGGAGCGGGUUUAGGAAAGGAGGUUGCAUUAUUGACCGACGGUAGGUUUUCAGGUGGCUCACAUGGAUUUGUUGUUGGCCAUAUAUGCCCAGAAGCUCAGGAAGGCGGCCCUAUUGGUCUAAUUAAGAACGGAGACAUCAUUAAGAUCGAUGUUCAGAAUAGGAGAAUAGACGUUGAGUUAACAGAUGGAGAACUGGAAAACCGUCGAAAGACGUGGACUUCACUGCCAUACAAGGCUAACUCUGGAGUGCUGUACAAGUACAUCAAGAAUGUGCAGUCGGCUUCACAGGGAUGCGUGACCGAUGAGUAGAGCGCAGUUCUCUUUUGUAGAACAUGGCUAUAGAGCGUGUGAGACCAAGGCCCGAAAUAGAACAGCAUAUUCUACGAUUUUGGGUAACCGAUGGCAGCUUUUAAGAUGUCUGUGUAGCUCUCUGAACUUCAUUUUUGUACGUAUUUUAAUUGUUUGGACAAGUUUUUAACUUUUUUUCAAUUGGUUCAUGUAAGGAUUUCAUUUUUAUUAAUCUACAAAACCUCUGUGCUCGUUUGUUUU